UUUCUGCCCUCUGGCUUUUUAGUCCCUUAAGCUCUGGUCUUUCAUCCUUUAGCAAUUUCAGGGAAAAUGCAAGUGAUGUUAGCCUCCAGCUGGCGGCUGGGAGGUGCCGUCUGUGAGGGUGAGAUCCAGGGCAGGAGCAACAGCAGGCUCGGGGAUCCCUGGCCAGGAGGAGCCUCUGCACGCACACACAUGCACACACACACGUACGCAAAGGUUAUCUGUGCAGAUGUGAGCUUGUGCACAGACACACACGUGGGUGGCCACGCAUGCACACAACACAUGCAGGCACAUGCAGACUCACGUGUGCACAAGCAGACCACACACUGGCGCACACGCAGCAGCAUUUACGCUGGCACAGGUGUGCACUUGCACAGAUAGGCAGACUAGCAUAGCCCUGGUAAGAAGAGGGCCUCUGGGGCCUUCUGCUGACAAGGAAAGGUGUGCGCGGCCACCAGGGCCAGGGCAGCUGCUGGGGGAACCACGGUACUGCCUGCACCCCGGGUACCCACACGGCCACCCCGGAACAGAUGCUCUAGGCUCUGUUCCCAAGGCCUGUGCUGUUGGGGUCUAGGAAGUGUCCGGAGCCCUGUUUCUCAGACAUGCUGCUGGGAAGGUCAGGUGGAGCCUGGGGGAGCCAGGGACAGUCAGGGUGGGAGGGCCAGGCAGGCUGGGGUGCAGCUGGAGGGGACACCCCUGUGGUCCCUGUUUCCUCCUCUGGACAGCAGACGAUGGGUCUCCUCCUGAGAUGUUGCCACAGCCCCUUGAUGCAGCCUUACCUGCUCCCAGCUCAGUGGACUGGUGCCCCACCCUGCCAUGACAGGCAGUGGGGGCGGGGGGCAGGCCCUGACAGUCACUCUGCCGCCCGCAGCCCGAUGAGCUGACCAACGCCCUGGAGAUCAGCAACAUCGUGUUCACAAGCAUGUUUGCUCUGGAGAUGCUGUUGAAGCUGCUGGCCUGUGGCCCACUGGCCCCUACAACAUCUUUGACGGCAUCAUCGUCGUCAUCAGCGUGUGGGAGAUCGUCGGGCAGGCGGACGGCGGGCUGUCAGUGCUGCGCACCUUCCGGCUGCUGCGGGUGCUCAAGCUGGUGCGCUUCAUGCCCGCGCUGCGGCGCCAGCUGGUGGUGCUCAUGAAGACCAUGGACAACGUGGCCACCUUCUGCAUGCUGCUCAUGCUCUUCAUCUUCAUCUUCAGCAUCCUUGGCAUGCAUCUCUUCGGCUGCAAAUUCAGUCUGAAAACAGAUACCGGAGACACAAUCCCCGACCGGAAGAACUUUGAUUCCCUACUGUGGGCCAUCGUCACCGUGUUCCAGAUCCUCACUCAAGAGGACUGGAACGUCGUCCUGUACAACGGCAUGGCCUCCACGUCCUCCUGGGCCGCGCUGUACUUCGUGGCCCUCAUGACCUUUGGCAACUACGUGCUCUUCAACCUGCUGGUGGCCAUCCUGGUGGAGGGUUUCCAGGCCGAGGGCGAUGCCACCAGGUCCGACACAGAUGAAGACAAGACGUCCACCCACUUGGAGGAGGACUUGGACAAGUUCCGAGACCUCAGGGCCACAGAGAUGAAGAUGUACUCGCUGGCAGUGACACCCAACGGGCACCUGGAGGGCCGGGGCAGCCUGCCCCCUCCCCUUAUCAUGCGCACGGCGGCCACGCCCAUGCCCACCCCCAAGAGCUCCCCACACCUGGACGCGGCCCCUGGCCCCCUGGACUCGCGCCGUGGCAGCAGCAGCUCCAUGGACCCUCAGCUAGGAGACCAGAAAUCUCUGUCUAGCCUCCGCAGCUCGCCCUGCGCCCCCUGGGGCCCCAACAGCGCCUGGAGCAGCCGGCGCUCCAGCUGGAACAGCCUGGGCCGCGCACCCAGCCUCAAGCGCAGGAGCCAGUGUGGGGAGCGCGAGUCGCUGCUGUCCGGCGAGGGCAGGGGCAGUGGCAGCACUGAUGAGGAGGCCGAGGAUGGCCGGCCGGGGGCGGGGGCCUCGCCGGGCACGCGUGCCACGCCGCUGCGGCGCGCUGAGUCCCUGGACCACCGCAGCACGCUGGACCUGCGGCCCCCACGGCCGGCCACCCUGCUGCCCACCAAGGCCCACGACUGCAAUGGGCAGGUGCUGGCCCUGCCCAGCGAGUUCUUCCUGCGCAUCGACAGCCACAAGGAGGAUCCGGCCGAGUUUGAGGACGAUGUGGAGGACAGCUGCUGCUCGCGACUGCAGAAGGUGCUGGAGCCGCACAAGCCAGGGUGCUGCCGGAGCCGUGAGCCCUGGGCUCUGUACCUCUUCUCCCCGCAGAACAGGUUCCGCAUCUCCUGCCAAAAGAUCAUUGCUCACAAGAUGUUCGAUCACGUCGUCCUCGUCUUCAUCUUCCUCAACUGCAUCACCAUUGCCCUGGAGAGGCCCGACAUCGACCCCGGCAGCACCGAGCGCGUCUUCCUCAGUGUCUCCAACUACAUCUUCACAGCGAUCUUCGUGGCGGAGAUGAUGGUGAAGGUGGUGGCCCUGGGCCUCAUCUCGGGUGAGCACGCCUACCUGCAGAGCAGCUGGAACAUACUGGAUGGGGUGCUGGUCCUGGUGUCCCUGGUGGACAUCGUCGUGGCCAUGGCCUCGGCUGGCGGUGCCAAGAUCCUGGGCAUCCUGCGUGUGCUGCGCCUGCUGCGGACCCUGCGGCCACUGAGGGUCAUCAGCCGUGCGCCGGGACUCAAGCUGGUGGUGGAGACUCUGAUAUCGUCCCUCAGGCCCAUCGGGAACAUCGUCCUCAUCUGCUGCGCCUUCUUCAUCAUCUUCGGCAUCCUCGGGGUGCAGCUUUUCAAGGGGAAGUUUUACUACUGCGAGGGCGCUGACACCAGGAACAUUUCCACUAAGGCUGAGUGCAGGGCCGCGCACUACCGCUGGGUGCGACGCAAGUACAACUUCGACAACCUGGGCCAGGCGCUGAUGUCGCUGUUCGUGCUCUCGUCCAAGGACGGCUGGGUGAAUAUCAUGUACGACGGGCUGGACGCCGUGGGCGUGGACCAGCAGCCGGUGCCCAACCAUAACCCCUGGAUGCUGCUCUACUUCAUCUCCUUCCUGCUCAUCGUCAGCUUCUUCGUGCUCAACAUGUUCGUGGGCGUCGUGGUGGAGAACUUCCACAAGUGCCGGCAGCACCAGGAGGCCGAGGAGGCGCGGCGGCGCGAGGAGAAGCGGCAGCGUCGCCUGGAGAGGAAGCGCAGGAGCACUUUCCCCAACCCAGAGGCCCAGCGCCGGCCCUACUAUGCGGACUACUCGCCCACCCGCCGCUCCAUCCACAGUCUGUGCACCAGUCACUACCUGGACCUUUUCAUCACCUUCAUCAUUGGCGUCAACGUCAUCACCAUGUCCAUGGAGCACUACAACCAGCCCAAGGCUCUGGACGAGGCCCUCAAGUACUGCAAUUACGUGUUCACCAUCGUCUUUGUUGUCGAGGCUGUGCUGAAGCUGGUGGCCUUUGGGUUCCGGAGGUUCUUCAAGGACAGGUGGAACCAGCUGGACCUAGCCAUCGUCCUGCUGUCCAUCAUGGGCAUCACGCUGGAGGAGAUUGAGAUGAACGCGGCGCUACCCAUCAAUCCCACCAUCAUCCGAAUCAUGCGUGUCCUCCGCAUCGCCCGCGUCCUGAAGCUGCUCAAGAUGGCCACGGGCAUGCGGGCCCUGCUGGACACGGUGGUCCAGGCGCUGCCCCAGGUAGGGAACCUCGGCCUGCUUUUCAUGCUCCUGUUUUUUAUCUAUGCUGCCCUGGGAGUGGAGCUGUUCGGGAGGCUCGAAUGCAGUGAGGACAACCCCUGCGAGGGCCUGAGCAGACACGCCACCUUCUCCAACUUCGGCAUGGCCUUCCUCACGCUGUUCCGCGUGUCCACCGGCGACAACUGGAACGGGAUCAUGAAGGACACGCUGCGCGAGUGCGCCCGCGAGGACAAGCACUGCCUCACCUACCUGCCGGCCAUCUCGCCCAUCUACUUCGUUACCUUCGUGCUGGUGGCCCAGUUCGUGCUGGUCAACGUGGUGGUGGCCGUGCUCAUGAAGCACCUGGAGGAGAGCAACAAGGAGGCCCGCGAGGACGCCGAGCUGGACGCAGAGCUCGAGAUGGAGAUGGCGCAGGGGUCCCCCGCCCGGCCCAGGCCCGCGGCCCCUCAGAGCCCCGGCGCCUCGCCGGACUCCCCCAACGUGCUGGUCGUGCGCAAGGUGUCGGUGUCCAGGAUGCUCUCGCUGCCCAACGACAGCUACAUGUUCCGUCCCGUGGCGCCUGCGGCAGCCGCUCACCCACACCCGCUACAGGAGGUGGAGAUGGAGACCUACGCGGGCGGCGCCGCGGGCCGGGUCACCGCUGCCCACUCGCCGCCUGUGGAGUCCUGCACCUCCCUCCAGGUCCCGUCCGCCGUGUCCUCCCCGUCCAGGGGUGGGGACACCCUCCGUGCUCUGCCCCCGCAGGGUGCAGCCCGCUCGCCUAGUGUCGGCCGGCUUCUCUGCAGACAGGAGGCUGUCCUAACGGAGUCCCUGGAAGGGCAUGUCGAUGGCACUGGGGACAGCAGCCCAUUCAGGGGAGAGCCUGGCGGGAAGACCCCCAUGAGACAGGCAUCCCUGGGGCCCUCCUUGCGGUCCCCACCCCGGUCCCCACGGCCCUCCAGCGUCCGCGCCCGCAAGCACGCUUCUGGACAGCACUGCGUCUCCAGCCGUCCACCGGCCCCAGGCGGGGAGGAGUCCGAAGCCCUAGACCCGGCCGACGAGGAGGUCAGCCACAUCACCAGCUCUGCCCGCAGCCCUUCGGCCUCGCCCACUGCCUGUGGGAUCGUGGGCGGCGAGCCAGACCUGCACAGGCUCUACAGCGUGGACGCCCGGGGCUUCCUGGACCAGCCGGGCCGGGUGGAUGAGCAGAGGCGGCCCUCGGGGGAACCGGGCAUUGGGGACAGCCGUCCAGAGGCCGGGGAGGCGAAGCCCCGGGUCCUGGAGGCCGAGCUGGCCCUGGGGGCACGCAGGAAGAAGAAGAUGAGCCCCCCCUGCAUCUCCAUAGAGCCCCCAGCAGAGGACGAGGGUGUGGCCAGGGCCCCUGCGGCGGAGGGCAGCAGCACCACCCUGCGGCGGCGAACCCCAUCCUGCGAGGCUGUGCCCCACAGAGACCCCCUGGAGCCCGCAGAUGGCGCAGGGCUGGACGCAGCUGCCAAGGGGGAGCGGCGGGGCCAGGCCCCCUGCCACACAGAACACCUGACUGUCCCAAACUUCACUUUUGAGCCGCUGGACGUGGGAAGUCCCAGUGGGGACCUGUUCGCGGAUGGGGGCCACAGGGCCACCCUAGAACCCAGACCCUCCUCAGGCACUGCGGCCCCUCCAGAACCCCGGGAGACAGAGUCCCCAGUGCCCUCAGGAGACCCCCCAGAGGAGGGGCGGGGGGUGCACCUCACCGUCCCGGAGAGCCCACCGAAGAGAGCGUCCCCCCCGGCUGUGCCAAUCCUGGAUGAUGACGUGGAUGAGCCCGUGUAGCUCGGGUGCAGUACCCACAGGCUUUGGCACGGGGGUUGGGGUGCGCCCAGGCGGCCAGGACAGGGCUGUGUGUGGAUCCUGGCUCGGGCCCCCCAAGGGCAGAGGAGCCAGAAGGAUGUCAGCGCAGGGAGAGGGAGGCCCAUGCCGUUCUGGGCACGUGGAGCAGCGGGAGCCCACAGCCAGAGGCCUCCGUCCUGUCGAUUCAGGUUUGGGGUUUCUCAGUGUGCCAAGGUGGUCCCAGGCCGUGUUGGCGGCCCGCUCAGGAGUCCCAGGGACAAGGACCAGAAACCGACCAGGAGGAGGAAGGCAGAGGCCGCCCAGCAGAGCCCCAUCCUCACGUCCACUUCUUUUUAUAGGGAACACGCUUGGGGCCGCUCGUGCUCUCUGGUGGCGGCUUCCUGCUAAAGGCCGCCGUGGCCACGCUUUCCGUCACUCACAGUCCCGAGUUUUCAUCCGUGUCUCCACCACUCAUCGCUCUCAUCUCCCCUCCACACCCACUCCGCGCCGUUCCAACCCCUCAGGAUUCCAGAGAGCACCUUGACUCUGGUCCCUGGGAAAUGGCCGGUCGCCAGGGAGUGGGGACGGUGCAAUAAGACCCCCACUGCCCAUGGGGCCUGGUUCAAGACUUUGAGCUGAUGGCCCCAUCGUUUCACUUUCUUUUAUAAAGGCAGGUUAAACGUUUGCAAUAAUCCAAUGCGGAAAACUCGGCUUCUCAAGUCAAGGGGAGGGGAGGGGAGGGGGGUUGCAAAGCAGAGCGGAAUAAAUAUUAACUUAUUUAAGAAACA